AAAAUAAUUACAAUGUCAUCUGUCAAAAACCUAACCUUGAAUCAACAACAAACGUCAUUGACUUGUCAAAACUUAAACAAUUUAUGCAUUUUUCGCAUUUAAUUCGCAUCGGGUAGAGACAGGUAUGGGUCAGGACGAGGCCCCCGACUGCACCGAUCGUUGCAAAUCCACCCAACAUGGGGACAUAAUCACCGCUGCGAUUUCACGUCGUUGUGUCUCCGAUUUCGACCUCUGUUCCUACUUGAGCCACAUUUGCUGUUGUUGUGAAUCGGUGAGAGACUCCCUGGGGCGCACAGCGCUCCACGUCGCCGCCUCCUGUGGAAGAAUCGAGCUCGUCAAAUGGUUAAUCCAAAACCGACACGCAAAUAUCAACGCUAGAGACGACGAAUCGGGCUUCACCCCCUUGCACAGGAGCAUCUUUUACGGUAAAAUCCACGUCGCGGUCGAGCUCAUCAAACUAGGGGCCAACACCACGCUCCAGGACUCCAACAGUCUCACAGUCCUCGAUCAUGCCAUGCUCGACGGGCAUGCCCCCGAGGGGGCACACAGCGGCGAAUUGUACGCCUGGGGCGCCAAUUGCAACAACUCUUUGGGGUCGCAACAGUCGCGCUCCACCCCCGAACUCCUCGAUGUCUUCCAUAAGAAGUAUCCCGAGGAAAGUGUGAGGAAAGUCGUCUGUGAGAAGUUUCACAGUGUUAUUGUGACGUCAGGGGGGCUGGUGUACGCCUGUGGACAUGGACAAGGGGGGAGGCUGGGGCUUGGGAACCAACGGACGGUUGUGGUACCCGAAAUGGUCGCUUUUCCACAAAACCAUGAACCUGUCACGUGUCUAGAUGUGGCCAUUUCUAGGGACCAUAGCGUUUUUUUGGGUUCUGAUAGCAAUCUCUAUUCCUGCGGGUUGAACACACAUCGAGUGCUCGGGCUGCGCCCCCCACCGUCUCAAAUCCUCGUACCAACCCCCGUCAAGCAUUUAGAGCACGUGCGACACGUGUGCGCUGGUCGUUACCACUCUGUCGCAUGGGGGCCCAAAUGUCUCUACACAUGGGGGCUCAAUGCCGGCCAAUUGGGCCAUAAAAUGCGCCCCGAUGACAAUUACAUCACGUCACCAAAACCUGUAGGAAUUCUCAAUUUAACUGAAACCGAAAUCGCUGCAGUGGAUUCCAGCGAUGGUGCGAUUUCAAUCUACACGAAAAAGGGCGACAUCUAUGUUUUACACGAGUACCAAUGUCGCAAAAUCGCCUCAAGACAAUUAAACAUCAUUCAAGUCAGUAUUUUUGGCGGGAAAUUAAACACGAAUUUAAGCAAAGAAUUGUCAACAGAGCCGAAUCGUGAAUUGAAAGUUGCCGCAUUGACAAACACUGGAAAUGUGUUGGUAUGGCAGGAAUCUGUACCGCAACUAAAUCGGUGUAUUUAUUCACUAAAUCGGCCAAUCGUUGUUAAACAAAUGACAAUCAAUAAUAACGGUCUUUUGUUUGUAACAAAAGACGGUGAGGCAUUCCAAGGCACGAUUAAACCAACAAAGAAAAAGAAAACUGUAUUACCGACAAUUGAGAAAAGUGCAUUUCACAAGUUUCUCGACCGUGAGGAUUGCAUUUCCAUCAAACUUUUGAAAUUCCCGCGCAUUCAUCGUGCGAUUUUCAUUACGAGUGAUGUCAAAGGUCACGAUUUUUGUGUCAUUCAAGUGCCACCAUAUAAACGGUUUGAAACCCCGCUAAUAAUGGAGUCGCAGAUGAGAACCAAUUUGGGUAUUUUGUUACAAGAGUGCCAAGAAAAUGACGAUUUGCAUGAUGUUGUUUUGCACGUGGAUCGGCGGUACUUCCCCGCACAUCGUUUUAUUCUAGCCUCAAAAAGUCCCUACUUCGAGAAAUUGCUCAUAGAUGGCGACAAAACAAUCAAGUUGGAGGGGGGCUACAACUCGCUCAUUUUCGAGCAAUUUCUAACUUAUGUUUACGUGGGGGAUUGCGAUUUGUUAAAAUGUGGGGAAUGCCCCGAAAAACUCAAAGUCUUGUGUGAAAAUGACGACAAAAUGGCCGCAAAAACAAGCCAACCUAAUAGAAUUAAAAACCCUAUCCGGAUGUUACACGAAAUGGCGAAAAAAUUCGGCUGUUCUGACCUUUGUACGAUUUUAGCCGAUUACGAAAUGCAAAAAUACACAAUUCGACGAAAAUGUCACAAAAAAGUCGUCAGAAAACCCCCACAAUUCGAUAAAACGUCAUUGGUUGAAUUCAGUGACGUCACAAUCAAGUGCACCGAUGGAAAACAAUUGAAAGCGCAUAAAUGCAUUUUGGCGGCACAAAGCGACUAUUUUAGCAAUUUAUUUUCGACAAGAUGGCGCGGGACGGAAACGACGGUAAUCACACUACCGUGUGCACGAGGCAUCGCCGAGGCAUUAUUGGAGUAUUUGUACACCGACACACUCUCAUAUUUGACCAAUCGGGAGCAAGAACAUUUAUUUAAAUUGAUUAUUUUGGCGGAUCAAUUAUUUAUAGGGAGAUUGAAAGAGCAAUGCGAAUUUUUAUUAUUUAAAUGUUUGACUUUGAGGAAUUGUGUGCAAUUUUUGACAUUUUCGAGUAUCUACAAUUGUGAAAAACUGAAAAAUUGUUGUUUGAAAUUCAUCGUUGCGAAUGUCACCCCCUUGUUGGAAUUGCGUGUUUUUGAGGAUUUAGAUGAGUCGUUGUUGAGGGAAUUGAGCGAUUUUUAUUUCGAGGAGAAGGAGGGGAUUUGGUGUCGGGUCAUAACCCCAUAUUCGACAGCCCCCUUGGAGGAGGAAAUCGUGUCGGUGAGUGCGGCAUUUCCCGUCCCCAUGGAAAAAGUCGCAAAAACGACACAAAAACGACGCUCGAGACACAAAACCGAGUCAAAAACGGUCAAAGAAACUGUCUUUGAUGAGAAUUUUAUCCAAUUUCCCGAUUCGCCCCCAGAGAGUGGCGAUAUGGAAAUUCCUAGUCGGUUAAAAGCCAUCAAAUUGGCGGAAGGGAAAUUGGAAAAUGAUGAUUAUCGGCCACAAUUCACAAAACUAGUGAAAAACUCCGAAUUUCCACUUUUGAACAGCCCCCCGACGGGUUAUAACCCCUCAAAAUCGCCCCACAAAUUCGAAAAGUUUGUGAAAAUCUCCCAAAAACAGAGAAAACGACUCUCGUCGGAAAACACCCCACCGAAAAAUCCCUGGAAAAUCACCAGCGAGGUCGGAAGUCCGCCAUCUUUGGAAACCAGCAUGAGUGAAAUUAUCUCAUCUGAAAAAAAACAAAAGGAAAAUCUAGUCAAGAUUAAAAGUAAAUCUCUGAUUUAUACACAAAUUGAAGAUAAAGCGAUUGAAGAACUCUGUAAAUUCUACAAUACGGAAAAUAUCAACGACGAAUUUAUUUCAGUCGAACGGGUCAAUAUGGGGGCUGUGGCGGUCCCAAUUUGGGUCCCAGGUGUAAAAAUUUGAUUUUGUUGUACAGUUGUGGAUUUUAUUUUAAUAAAUUUGGUUUUUAAA